AUGAUUCAAUCGACGGUCGUUUUGGUUGGCUUCCUCAAGCAGGGGAGGGAGCGAGAUAGCGUCCCACUGUUAGUGGAACAAUCAGCAGCAUUUGACGGAUUGAAGAGAAAAGCCUCUUUCCGAGUGGUUGGAGGCUUUUUUGGGCCAAUGAACCACUGGUGUAUCAUGGUGUUCUACGAGGGACUCAUGGUAGGAGACCCUGCUGUGGAAGUAUUGCGGCAAUAUCUGGCUACAUUCUGCCUGGACAGUACGACAUACGAGCACAUUGAACCGAUCGCCGAGCCGCUGUUCUCAGAGACAGGACAGCGUCAGCCAGUCAAAGCGUGGAAGCGGGAGACCCUCAUUUGUUAUUUAAAGGGUUCAACCUAUCGUCUGAUGUGGGAUGGCGUUGCACAUUUUGAGAAUACCAAAUUAUAUGCGUCCGCCGUGUACGAUGCGUUGGAGCUGUUUGGAGGAGGGGAGUGUGGACCAUGA